GACACAAGUCCCUGAUCACAGCACUAGAAGAGCUGGUGCUGAAAUUGGAGGAAGAUGGCAAAGGCCAAAAUGUUCUAUUGUGUUGUUGUCUGUCUUAUUUUACUAGUAGUACUGUUUGUGGGAGAGGGACAAAGCCGCGUUCUUAUACAUAACAUUAGUUCCUCAUCAGAUGAUCAACUAGUUUCCAAUGGCAUUGAUGAUCAUCAAUCUCAUCCUUCUCCUUCCCUACUUCUUAAGAAGAGCCAUUAUUAUUCUUCUGAUGAUCAACCCUCCUGUGAGCGCUUAUUCAGCUUCCUUCCCUGCACUGAUACCGUUGAAACCGGCUUGUUCCUUGUUGCACUCUAUGGAUACAUGCUAUUCAUGGGUGAGUGUCAUGUCACUAGUGGCAGAGAAUCACUAUACAAGAUCAUUGGCAAUGGUUGGUAUGGUUCUAGCCUCUUCCACAUUUUUGGUGUUCUACCUGAGGCCACUGUCAUUCUUUUCUCUGGGCUUUUUAAGAGUAAAGAGGAGGCUCAAGAACGGGUAUUCACCGGAGUGGGAUUGCUGGCUGGUUCAACGAUCACCCUUUUGACUUUAAUAUGGGGAACUUGCAUUCUUGUGGCCAGGAAUGAUAAAACUUCCUCUUCCUCUUCUAAUGAAUCAGAAGUUUCAUCUUCUCAAGACUUGCAGAAUACAAGAUCUAUAAGAUCCUUUUUGACUAGUUCUAGGGUUACUACUGAUAAGGAAACAAGUAAACUAGCAGCAAUCAUGGUUCUAUCUAUGGUCCCAUUCAUUAUUGUGCAACUACCACAAAUUUUCAAGUCUAUUUGCUCUGAUCAUACUGUGAUCUUGAUUGCUCUUAUUACUAGCAUUGUCUUGCUUCUUUCCUACUUCAUCUAUCAGGAAAUCACACCCUGGAUUCAAAUGAGGAAACUAGAAUAUGUGAAGCAAAUGUAUUUACUGAUCGAUAUUUUGAAGCAUAUACAAAAUAAUGCCCUAGGAAAUCUCCUCACCAGUAAUGGUGCACCUAAUGUAUCUGCUAUAAGACGGCUAAUUCGGGCAAUCGACCAAGAUAACGACGAGGCAAUAUCAAUCACCGAAUUUCAAGAAGUACUCAAAGGACUUAAGAUUGGAGAUAUGGACACUAAGAAAGCAAUAGAGAAACUAAUGAAGGAAUUUGAUGCAGAUGGUGAUAAUAAGAUUGAUGAAACAGAGUUCAUAAAUGGACUCAAGAAAAUGAUGGAAACUGCAAAGAAUAUGGUUUCAGAUAAGUACUCUGCCCCAGAAGAUCUUCAAGAUGACAAGGCUUACCAGGAAAUUUGGCAAGAAGUUGAAACUGAUGAGUUAAUGGAAAAGAACCAUACAUGGACUUUGAUGAAAGCUGUAUUAGAAUUGUUGGUUGGAAUGAUCAUCUUAGCUUUGCUUUCAGAACCUCUUGUGGAUGCUGUUCAAGGCUUCUCAACUGCUGCAAAAAUCCCUCCUUUUUUUGUUGCAUUUGUAGUAGUCCCCUUGGCUACUAACUCAAGAGAGGCACUAUCAGCAAUUAGCACUGCUAGCCGAAAGACUCCGAGAACUUGUUCUUUAACUUUAUCUGAGAUUUACAGUGAUAUCUUCAUGAACAAUCUCAUAGGCUUAUCUGUGUUUUUAACGAUUGUUUAUGCUCGGGGCUUGACAUGGAACUUCUCAGCUGAAGUGCUAGUUGUUUUCAUUGUUUGCAUGGUGAUGGGUCUUCUUGCAAGCUUCCGGCACACCUUCCCUGUUUGGACAUCUAUUGUGGCUUAUCUUCUCUACCCUUUCUCUUUGGUACUAGUUUAUGUCCUAAAUUAUAAGUUGCACUGGUCUUAA